AAAAGUCCAGAAAGAGUGAAUUGUAGAGGAUUGUCCGAAUUUGUUUCGUUUCCAAUUCCAAAAUUUCCAUUUACCGAAAUUCUUUUCAUUUCAAGAGAGAGAGAGAGAGAGAAAUCGCAUACAAACAGACACAUAGAGAGAGAGACACACACGGUCGCCGCUAUUGUUAUUGUUUUCAUUCCAACUUCAGCAGCAGCACCAGCAGCUUCACCAACAAUACUCUCUUUCUCUUUCCUCCACCCUCUAUCCAUGGAGUAAGUAACAUACCUUGUUUAGGGAGAAAUUUUCAUUCUAAAGCUUUGGUAGAGAUGAAUGGAAGUUAAGAUAAUCAAUCAAUGAAUGAAUGAACGAUUUUCAUGCUUCAAUUUGCUGAGGUUAUGUCAUAGAGAUUUAUCUAAGAUUGGAAUUAGGACUUGUAUUGCUGCUGAUUUUGAGUAACAGAACCAAUUCAAUUGAAUGCUGUUGUGGAGCUGGUAUGACAGAAACUUAUUUUCGGGGAUCUGGUCGAAUUGCGAAGAAGUUGAAACCGCGGUUGUCGGAUUCGGUACCUCAAGAUAAGGUUAAUAAUAAUGAGGCGGUGGAAAGCGGAGACAAGUUUGAUGAAAUGCCUGAUUGUGUUGUUCUUCAUAUUUUGUCGUUUAUGGAAACGAAGGAUGCUGUCCGGACUUGUGUUUUGUCGAAAAGGUGGACGAAUCUUUGGACUUCAAUUCCGUGUUUGAAUUUCAACAGUAAAUCGUUUGCACGGUUGGCUGAUUUCAAGAAAUUUGUCAUGUGGGUCCUUUUCCGCCGAGAUUCAUCUGUUGUGAAAGUUCUUACUUACUGCCGUGCUGGAGUAGAAUAUGCUACGGAUCAGAACCUUUUUAAUAAGGUCAUUGAUCACGCAACGUCACAUGGCGUUGAAGAAAUCGUAGUCAAUCUUCGGGCAAAAGCUGUUGGCAGCCCGCCCGUUGACAUCCCUUUGUCGUUGUUGAAGUGCAAAACCUUGAAAAGGCUUGAGUUAAAAGAUUGCCAUCCUACAAAACCCGAAUGGCCCGUAACUUGCUUACCCGCGAAAAAGCUGUUGCAUUUGGAACAUUUUACGAUGGAUACAACUGAUAUUUCAAAUUCGUUUGCUAGUUUAGCAAAUCUUUUCGGGUUUGCAACAUUGACGACUUUGAAUCUAAGCAACUUGACUCUGUGUUGCACGGAAAACGAGUCUCUAAAUCCAUUUGAAAAUUGUGUCAAUUUGAAGAAUCUGCACUUGAGAGAAAUUUGCUUUAAGUCGGAUUUGGCCCCUAAGGAUUUCGUGAUAUCUGCGCCCCAACUCAAUAACAUGACUAUAAUGUGCACCCGUUUCAAAUGUAAACUUGUUGUUUCUGCACCAAAGCUUAUCCAUUUCAGCUACUUAUACGCAUCUUCUUGCGCCUUCUUCGAGUUUAGUAUGCCUUCUGUCGAUGCCUUGAUCAUUGAUAUCCGCGAACCAAAUUAUCAAUUGAAAGAACCUCAUCAGAGGCCGGGAGAAAAGACUUCACAUGGUUUGAUCAAUAUGUUCCGAGAACAUCAUAAUGCCGAACUCUCCUUCUCUACAGCUAUGGUUUCAUGCGGGACUACCGUUGUCAUGCAAAAGGAAGAAUGUUCGUCUUUUAGUAAAUGGAAGUCGGUGAAUUUACGAGUCGGAUCAACAUACAAAAUCUUCAUCAACAACCUUGAUCAUAUAACUGCAUAUUUCCGCAGUUGCUCUAAGCGCGACGACUUUGAGAUUUUGACGAUUUAGAAGUUGAAGGAGAUUCUGGAGAAGAGAUUCGGUGUACAAGUCGAACAAGGACAAGUGAGUUCUUGGCUGUAUUUUGCAUGGGGAAGGAUUUGAAUAUACGUCAAAUAUUUGGCAAUUUAUAGAGAUUAGAAACAAUGAAAUAUAAAUUUUUAUACAUUUUGGCCUAAAAAUAUUGGUUAUUUAGUUAUUUUAUGAAAUUUAUUUCUUUUGGCAAA